AUGGCGGCACCAGAAUCAAACCAGUACUGCAUACGGGAGGUACUACUUAACGAGUUAGAAGAACCUCACUUAACCGAUAUGGCUUCGUGGAUCUCUAGAAACACACGGUUCAACCCCUACGACCAGAUCAGAAGAUCAUUGCUCCCCGGCUCCACGCCGUUCUUACCGUACCCGCCAUGCGAAAGCACGGAAUUCGAGGUCGAGGGUGUAAAGAGAGUAAUCGUGAAGGAAAGAGGGGACAAGAGAGUCCAUCUCUUGGUAGUAACUGGGCGAAAUGACUCUGAUAUACACGGCUUCGCCUGGCUAAGUGUCUGGAAUAAUCGUCUACUUGGCGAGCCUGUCAACGAGGAGUUUAUGGACCCAAGCCGAGACCACAACGAUUACAUAAACCAUAUACUCCGCAAUGAGACUCCAUAUGGGGCUCAUCGCCGUCAGGCAUACUAUAUCGAGCCGGCAAAAGCAUUAAGGAACAGGCGAUUUGGCCAGUUUCAGGGCAAUGUCAUCCAGCUGCGAGAUGUAAUCCUACCAUUAACGCAGCCAAACCCCGAGGUCCUAAGACUCUUGAUCAAGAGUGCUAUCGAGGUGGCUCGGAGUGUAAAGGCGCCCUUGAUCACGACACUUCCUAGGCUGUACCUAGAAAUUAACCACGAGCUAGAUCGGCAAGGGUUCCGCGUGGUCGAUAUGGAGAAAUAUCCAUUCCUGUGCCUUACCAAUCACGGGAUGAGGCUAGCGGAGCUGCGCCAUCCUCACGAAGACGUAUCAGAUCUGGCGAUAUUCCUGAGACAGGUUCCCGUCGAUGUGAUCCUAAGAGUCUACGACAAGGAGGCCUCGCCGGAGGCGAAGGCUAACUUAGCUCAGUUGGGCAUUUAAGUCUGCUACAUAAAUGCAUGAAGAAGAUCUACAGCGAGGCAGAUCUAAACUUUCUUAAAUACUAUUACGGGCGGAUUUCUUGCUAUAAAUGGAGUACUUAAAUUACGAAAUGGGUGUCGGAUGGGA